AAAAAAAGGCGGCUCUCACUUCCUCUGAAAGCGAAACAGACUAAGACCGGGAAACGAGCUACAGUAAAAAAGUAACAGCUACCACUAAACUUUAGAAAAACCUUAAUAAAAAGGUUUUUAUAGUCAAACACUAGUUUGUUUCACUGAAUUACAGAAGACACGGCUUUAAGGUUGUCGGACGGGAGCUGACACCGCACCAACACAUAGAGCGCAGUGAGCCGAGCACCAGGGUCUGGGAUGGAUAGGGUGACGCUGUCCCGAAUAGAUGAGGAGCUGGAGUCCUCGGAGGUGGCUUCUCUCUGCUUCUUGUGUCACGAUGUCGUCAACAGGAAGCGCCUCGAAGGGGUCAUGGAUGCAAAAGCGCUGUUCUUGAGACUAGAAGAAAGAGGUCUGCUGGAUAACCAGACCUUCUUAUCUCAGCUGCUUCACACCAUUGGUCGAAUAGAUCUCCUCAGCCUCCUGGAGACAGACGGCAUGCAACCAGUAGAAACUGAUGCAAAUCCUAUGCUGUCAGAAUACAGGGUGAUGCUGUACCAUGUAUAUCAGGACAUGACUGAGGAAAAUCUUGAUAAGAUGAAGUUUCUGUUGAUUAGCAAGCUGGGCAGAAGACAGAUUGAGGCAUGCACUACAGCCCUGGAUGUGUUUGCUGAGAUGGAAAAGGCUUGUUUACUGUCGAAAGACAAACUUGAUGAGCUGAAUGCAGUACUGCUGGAGUUUGAUCAACAGCUGGCAUCGAUUGUACAGCGCCACAUGCAAAGGCCAGUCCCACUUGCUCAUGUCAGCAUGGAUCACCAGAGGGACAUCAGAAUCUCUCAGCGAAGACCACAACCUGCUGUAAUUGAGAUGCAGCCCAGCGAUGCACGACCGACUGUUUGCACUGAUGCAGAACCAAAUACCAUGUCUCAUUUUGAUCAGACAGAGUACUACGCCCUGACACAUAACCCUCGUGGUCAGUGUGUGGUUUUCAACAAUGAGAAAUUCAUGAAUGUAACCCUGAAAGAUAGAGAAGGGACUCAGCAGGAUGAGAAGGCUCUGCGCAAAGUCUUCACUGACCUUGGCUUCACUGUGGUGGUGCACAACAACUUGACUGCAGGAGACAUCCGAUACAAAAUAAACGAGCUGGGCAAAAGGAAUUUUCUGAAUGAUGAUGUCUUGGUGGUCUGCGUGCUUUCCCAUGGAGAAAAGGGAUGCAUCUACGGGACUGAUGAGAAGCCGGUGGACCUCAGAGAACUAACAAAGGCUUUUACGAGCGGGAGAGCUCCCACCUUGGCAGGGAAGCCCAAACUGUUCUUCAUCCAAGCAUGUCAGGGAAGCAACUACCAAGCGGGAUCUGUGCCAUGUCCACCGAGGCCAAGUCAGGAGAAAGAGCACAGAGAGAGCCGACUGGAGGAAGAUGCAGGUCCUGUGCGCGGCGAGACGAUACCUUCAGAUGCUGACUUCCUGCUGGGCAUGGCCACCGUGCAGGAGUGCAAAUCGUUUCGAAACACUUCCAAAGGCUCCAUCUACAUCCAGCAGCUGUGUGACCAGCUCAUGAAGUCAGCACAAAGCCCGGUAGACGAUGAUAUACUCACUGUCCUGACACGUGUGAACAGAGAGGUCAGCAAAGGAGAAUAUUUAAACCACAAACAGAUGCCAGAGCCCAAGUACACCCUCACCAAGAAGCUUGUCUUCAAAUGUGUAUGAGCUGACCUGAGCCAAGAGCAACGCUAACAAAUGUGUCAUAUUCCGAAUUUACAUUUGCUGUGUGUGUGUGUGUGUGUGUGUGCGUGCGUGCAUGCGUGCGUUUUUAAUUCUUUGUAUGAUAACUGGUUGGAUGAAUUUGUUUGUCUUAGGAGUUAACUGUUUCUUAAUUUUGAGAACAAAAAUUAUAUAAUGAAAUGCUACAGAUGAGAGACAUUGUACUUUUUCAAAUGCUGUUUUCAAAUGUGUAUGAUUUGAUGAGAUUAUUCCUAUGUCAUUUAGGAAGAAUAAACAAUAAGACAUCA